CGGCACCGUUGCGGAGGGCUUGAUAAUUCGCGCGCAGGAUGGGGUGGGGGGAGGUGUUGCGCUUUCUGGUGCCUGCGAUGAAUGAACGGGGCUAACCUCGCUGGUAUAAAAAGACGGCGUCGCAGGUCCUUGUUGCCAGCCGAAGAGAAGGCGGAGGCAGCGUUUCUUUCUGCCUUACUUCCCAGGUUUACCGCGGAGUUUGCACCUCGCCCGUUUGCAGUUGUCGGUCUACUUCUGAACCAGUAGAAGAAAAAAAAAAGACUCAGAAUGUGGCUUUUAGAGAAAAUCCGAGGCUCAGUGGACAACAGCGGUUCUCGCGGCAACGACUCGGCCGAUAAGCAGUCCAAGGGACCAUUGUACAGCAACGUCCUGACGCCGGAUAAAAUCCCGGAUUUUUUCAUUCCUCCCAAGCUGCCAACGGUACCUCCUGAGGCAGAGGAAGGGAACAUCAAACCGAAUCUGGGCACUUCGGCCUCUGAGCAGAAUUUAUCUGCCCGCAAAACUCAGCGCAGCCCUCGUUUGCCCGUGAAGGCCGUUUCGGAGAGCAAAAACCUUCUGAAAGCCGCCAGCCGACACAUCAUUCAGAUUGAGAGCGCGGAUGAAUGGAUGUCUGAAGAAGACUACAGUACCAAUGCAGACCCACAGUCCCAGACGGCUAUGUCGCUGCCGUAUGUCCCCAAAGCACAGACCUCGUAUGGCUUCGCGACAUUGAUGGAGAGUCCUCACACACGCCGCAAGGAGUCUCUUUUCCACAGCGAGCAUACCAGCCUGUGCCCAUCCCAGUCCUCCUCGCCCAGUUCUCAACGGAGGUCCACCUCAGGAGGGGGCAAGACAAAUGGAGAGAGCACCCACCUCAACCCUUCGGACAUCAGCAUGUCGCUCAUGAAUCCCUACCGUUACUUCAGUGGAGGGGAGAGCGAUACCUGCUCCUCCGCGGAGUCCUCUCCCUUCGGUUCCCCACUGCUGUCCAGGUCGGUAUCUCUUCUGAAGAUCUUCAGCCAGGAGAGUCAAUCCAAGGUCAUCAAACUCAAACACUCGGUGGCUCGCAACAGUUCCCUGUCCACCGACGAUAGUUCAGCGGACACCAGUCCUAGCUCCCAGCGCCGCAUGCGCUGUGCGACCCCUCCAACUGGGGGAGCCACCGGCGGGAUGCAACCUCAGCCCCUCACCCCUGCGGACCCCCAAGACAAAUUCCACAAGGAACACGUGCUCAGUUUUAUCAAAGGAGGCAGCCUCCGCUUGGUGGCCCAAUACAAUCCGUCCAACGCCCGGCUGAGAGUGCGAGUUGUGGCCGCCGAAGACCUCUACGACAAGCACUGUGACAUCAGGAGCAUCAACUGUUGUGUGUCUCUCUAUUUAAACCCUGGCAAGCUGCAGAAACAACGGAGCACGAUCAUCAAGAACAGCCGCAACCCCAUCUUCAACGAAGAUUUCUUUUUCGACGGGUUAGGCAUCAGCAACAUGAGGAAAAUGUCCCUCAAGGUCAAAGUGGUCAACAAAGGCAGCAGUCUCAAACGGGACACUCUGAUGGGCGAGAAGGAACUGCCCCUCCCUUCCUUGCUCCCCCUUUUAUAAAGUCUCCCCUGUCCCGGUCUUGGUGCCUGCCACUAACCCCAGUGGGCUUCUUUCCUGCUCUGCAAACCGGGAAGGGUUGGAGAGCUGCUCACGCAGAUUCCUCCAAGGCCAGUCAGCGUUUCCUUAAAAUGGGUGUUGCAUGUUUGAGGUCCACGAAUGGGGCAUCCCGGCAUUUUCGCAUGAAACCUCAGCAGCUAGCAGCGUGACCCUAUUUUCUUAGAAGGUCAGGAUAUUCUUUGUCCCUUGGGUCAAGAGGUGUCACUUGGUCACUGCGAGCUGAUCUUCUUUCGCUGUGACCAUGUUGGAGGUAGAGGGGAAGAGGACCUGGGAAUUUGAAAGGAACCAGGAAGGUUCCUUCAAAUGGCUUCCCUCGGGGUAGGAAGUGGGCGCAUGAAUAACCCUGUUUUUAAGCCUCUUCCUCACAAAUGCAUGCCGAGAAUCUGAGGAUAUAUCCCUUUAAGAUGCAUGCUGGCUGCAUUUGAUUAUGUCACGUCGUUCAGCAACUGCCAAUCUGCUGGAAGAUGACCUCAGCAGCCCACUUGACUUCUGCGGAAGGGACGGAGGGAUGUGAUCGCCUGUUUCACUCACCCAGGAAACUUCUUCACUUCCCAAAUGAGUGCAAAUUCUAGUUUUUGAUUUGGGAACUAGUGUCAAAGUGUGCUUUCUGAAAGAGAAGUUGGCAGGAGAAUGAGUUGGACCCAGAAGACCUUCUGAAGCCCAGCUGAUGAUCCAGCAAUUGUCCCAAAAAAGGCUGUUUUGCAAGAUUUGGGGGAUGGGACAGGGAUCCCAGCCUCCCUGCUCUGUUUGACUUCAGAGGAAAUUGCAGAAAAAUCAGAGUGAGGCCCGAUACGACUUUCAACCCGGGAGCCAAAAAAAAAAUGGACCUAUGGAUGGUCUGGAGAGUAGAUCAAAAUGAAGGAAGACACACAGAGAGAUAACAAAGGAAAGAAGAAGAUAGGGAAGAUAGGCCGUGAUUAUUUUUUAAUAUUUUGAUAUCCUGGCCUGAGAGACAAUCCUCAAUAAUAAUGAAUAAUGAUAAUUUUAAACGUGGGCUGGGUGAUACUCACGGAAUUGCCUUAUCCUGCACUGUUCUGCUUUGAGUAUGUGGAGACUCAGAUCAUUCCCAGCCUUAAGAGUUCGGAGUCUUUCAAUCUGCACUUCAGAUGGCUUGAACCCAUCUGAAGAUAAAACUCAGAUGGAUGGGUCUGAGGAAACACAGAGUCCUUAUUGGGACAUCCAACCUUCCAUGCAAACAAGAAAGGGGAAAACAAAUCAGUGUUAGCCUCUACAGCAGUAUUUUUCAAACUUGACAGCUUUAAGAUGGAUGGGCUUCAACUCCCAAAUUCCCCAGUCAACAUGCUUUAAGGUGGCUGGACUUCAACUCCCAGAAUCCCCCAGCCAGCCAUGAGGGCUGAGGAAUUCUGGGAGUUGAAGUCCACAAUCUUAAAUUUGCCAAGUUUGGAAAAACACCGCUCUGCAGGGUGUUCUUUGGGGACAUUCAGGUUGAAACUUGGAAAUGCUGAAGAUAGAACUCAAGGCCUUCUACAAGUCAAGAAGACAAGUUGUUUUUCCUUUUUAAUAUUAACUCCAUUUUCCUAAGGAGCAAAAAAACAAAACCAUCUCUUGUGCCAAGAAUCAGUUCUCUUCAUUGCAAACACCCACCUCUCCUAAGUGUGUAGGUAGGCGCUGUUCUUGACAAACCUUAGGAUCACGAUCAAAGAACCAUUGAGCAAACAGCUCGGCAAUCCUUAGUUUGCAAUCCCUAAACCAGGGGUGGGGAACCUUGGCUCUUUUAUGACUUGACUUCAACUCCCAGAAUUCCGGAGCCAGCCACGCUAAGGGGACAGGGAGAGGUUUCCAAGCUGAGCCAUUCUGUCUCAGGAAUUCUGGGAGUUGAAGUCCAUAAGUCGUAAAAGAGCCAAGGUUCCCCACCCCUGCGCCCAAACGAAUACCUACAUAAGAAUUUAAAGUGAAGAUCCAUUGGGAUCCGUAGACUGAAAUACAGCUUGUCCUCAAUUAACAACCACUCAUUCAGUGACAGUUUGAAGUUAAUGAUGGCAUUGUAAAAGUGGUCCUUGAGGUUCUGGCUAUCCCAGCAUCCUGCGCUCACAGGAUUGUAAUUUAGGCAUUUGGUAACUGGCUCACGCUUAUGACAGGCAGCCUUCUGCAGUCACGUGACCUCUAUUGUGAUGUUCCCUGCUGGCUUCCCAAGUAAAGUCAAUGGGGAAGCCAGCAGGGAAGGUCACACUCUGGUAAGUCACUCACAUUCCAGAGGCUUUUUGCACUGUGGGGCCCAGCCAGUGGUGGGAUUCAAAUCCCUGAACAACUGGUUCUCUGCGUGGAUGCAGGCCUGGGUCUCCGAGGCCUAGAACAGACUUCCGGAAGUGGCAUCCCCGCAUUUCCGGCAGGCUGUUCUUGUCCUGGGAUGCCUCUUUCAGGCCUCCAAGGCUAGAACGGACUUCCGGAAGUGACAUCCCCACACUUCUGGUAGGCUGUUCUUGUCCUGGGAGGCCUCCUUCAGGCCUCUGAGGCCUAGAACGGACUUCCGGAAUUGGCAUCCCCGCACUUCCGGUGGGCCGUUCUAGGCCUGGGAGACCUUCUCCAGGACUGCAUUCAGCCGGUUCUCCGAACUCAACAAAGUUUAGCUACCGGUUCUGCUGAACCGGUGCGAACUGGCUGAAUCCCAUCACUGGGCCUAACUCCCCAUUGGCUACUUGUGCACCCUGGCACACCUGGAAGCAGCCAUCUCUGGCCCUGCCGCGCUUACACACAUGCACCCUCAUGCACCAGGCAACAACCACCCCUGGUUCUGUACUUGUGUUGUGCCAAUCACUUGCGCAUCCUUGCGCACCCUUCCCCACUCAGCAACAGCUACCUAGCCGCCUGCAAGCGGAGUUACAAAUCACUGGGAACAUACGACUCUCUGCAGGCUUCCCCACUGACCUUGCUGGUUGCAAGCCAGCAGGAAGUUACAAGAUCCUCACUUAACAAUCCACAACCUUUGCUUAGUUUACAGUAACAGGGACUGCUGGAAUUGCUGUUGAGAAGCAAUGCAGUCACACGAUGUUGCACUUUAGGACGGCAUUGCUUAGUGAUGGAAAUUCUGGCCCCAUUGCGGUCAUAAUGUGAGGACCGUAUGCACUGGGCCUACAUCAUGGUGGAUACCCACUUUUUAAGGCAGGUUUUUUGAAUACUGGGAAAUCCCUAUAUCUCCUUAUUAAUGAACAGGGUCUUCCAAUGUUUAAUCCAAUUCUCAGAUUUGCUCCUUGUGUCAAUACAGGUAGUCCUCGACUUAACAACCACAACUGAGCCCAAAUAAAUGUAGGGAGAGAGCAAAGAAAAAAAGAGGCAGUGAUGUCCAAUUUUUCUUGGUGCAUUACACACAGGUAGGCCUCGACUUACUACCAUUUGUUUAGUGACAGCUCAAAGGCGCUGAGAAAAGUGACUUACGACCUUUGCAGCAUCCCUGGGGUCAUGAGAUCAACAUUCAGACACUUG